AUGGCUUUCGUGCUCCGUUUCUGCCCGCUGCUUGCCGUGGCUCUGGCCCAUGGCGGCUUUCAAUCCGCAGUGCGGCUGGAGGCGAACAUGACUCUCCUUCCUCAAAGCUCUUGGCACUUGGGGGGCUUCUGCUUCGGCUAUGCCAAUAGCGACAGCGGCAACGACACCAAGGUGGGAGAGCUUUGGAUCCAUGUGCAGUGGGAUGGCAAGAAGCCACUGGAGAAGAACGGCCCCGUGGUGCUAGCAGCCUUCGAUGCCAGUCCCGAGAGCUGGGGAGCUGUGAAGGACCACUGGGGCGAGAAGUCCUGCGAGGAGAAGCUGCAGGCUGCCACCUGGGUGCGUAAGUUGGGCCAGUUUCAAUAUUGGUUCCGCGUGGACGUGCACCAGGAGACCUAUGCCCGCGAUUGGCACUUUGCCCUCCUGACGUGCGGGCCGGCGACAGAGGUUGAGCAAGCGAAUAUGGUGUUGAGCGUCGAGGCCGUGGACGGCGCUUUGGCCGUCUUCGAACCUGACAUGGCCUUCGACGAUAGCAGCUGUCCGGCG